UUCCACAUCCGGUUACUUUUAUCAACGGUGCAGGUAACCUUAGAUAAGAGACCGAUAAUUCGCAUAAAUCCUACAUAAGUUCACGUUGGUACUAGACAAAAACUAGUUAAGAAGAAGACACUAUACAACAGUUAACAUUAGAGUUUGUACCUGAUUGACUUGAUCAAAAUGAAAAAUGUUCUGAAUCCAAGAGAAUCAGGGAGAUAUAUUGCUGAAACAAGUGAAGAUGUUUCUAUUGCUACUGAGGGUGUCAAGAAAGUGGCCCAAUUGGUAUUUGAACAUGUUAAGAAAGAUUCAUACAGUGUCAAAGCUUGGAAAGAACAUGAACUGAAUCCAAAAACAGGAGAUAAGGCAGCAGUGGAUUGGGUUUUUUUAGCCGAUACUUUGAAUUUCUCUUUCUAUUCUGAUGAUGAAAGUAAAAAAUAUAAAGUAAAAUAUAAUGGUAAAGAACACACAGGAUAUUGGUCAUUGUGCGCCGCUAUCAACAGAGCCAUAGAUGAGGGUGUUGAAGUGACAGACCCAAAUUUUUAUGCCACUAUAACUAAGGAAAAAUUAGCCCAUAUUUUGAGGUCUGAUACUGAGUUUGAUAUACCAUUGUUAGAAGAAAGAGUGGAAGUUUUACAUGAAGCUGGUAAAGUCUUAAUCAAGAAAUAUGAUGGAAGUUUUAUAAAUUGUAUCAAGAAGGCAGAGAAAAGUGCUCAGAAUUUACUGGCAUUAAUAGUAGAGGAGUUUCCUGCUUACCGAGAUGAGGGGGAGUAUACGGGAAAGCAAGUAAGUUUUUACAAGCGAGCUCAGAUAUUGAUAUCUGAUGUCUGGGGUUGUUGUGAAGGAGAAGGUUUUGGAGAGUUUACAGACAUUGAUUCUAUGACUAUGUUUGCUGAUUACAGAAUACCACAAUGUUUGGUGUAUAUGGGCGCUAUGAAAUAUUCAGACAACUUAAUGGAAACUUUAAAGAAGAAUGAAAAAUUAGCUAAUGGGGAUCGAAGAGAGACGGAAAUUAGAGGUUGUAGUAUUUGGGCAACAGAGUUGAUUGUUGAAGAAACAAGAAAAUUAUUGACUGCUGACUCAGAAACUAAAGGUGUUGAAAUGAAUGCUAUUCUUGUUGAUCAUUAUUUAUGGGACUAUAGAAGAGAAAAAGCAGAUGAAAUGAGAGUCAUACCAUACCAUAAAACACGCUGUAUAUUUUAUUAACAUGCAUUAAACUUCAUCUUCAUACAUUC